GCGAUUGGUUGGGCGCUUAUCUCCACGACACACCCAACGCUAUUGUUGGCGCUGAGAGCAUGACAGCUUCGACAUCCCCUCGCGCGUUCCGUGUGCCUCUCUGCAAUAUUUAUCUCAGAGGGAGGAAAGGAAUAGGCUCCCUCUCAGACCAAGGCAAACAAGAAAGCGAGAGAUGUCGCUGCGGACUUCUGAAGAUCAUUACUGAGUCAAUGCUCUGGAGAGAAGCAGAGGAAGGAGAGGGGAAUCCAGGUUCACAUUGAUGAGACAGGGUAACUCGGAGCGCACCCUUCAUCUGUACAUCUGACCAGAUAUCACACCCACCUGGGUUGCCCCACUGCUUUCGGCACCAAAGGUUAGUCCUGGACGAAUGAUUGAGCCGAUCGCAUCUGAGUGUUUUUACUCAAAUUCGAGCGUCCACGGGGCUGCUCUGUAGUUGGAGUGACCGAUGUUAAAAAAAGCAUUUUGCUUGACCGACCUGACUGUCCGUGCGCAACUUCAGCACUUAUGACUGAAAUAUGGAGAAACAGGCUCUCGUAACCACAAUCAGCUUAUGCAUGAGCUUGGUAUCGCUAAUGCUUCUGAUCACCGCUAUUUUCACUGAUCACUGGUAUGAGACCGAUACGCGCAGGCACAAGGCGAACUGCGACCAGUACGGGACAGAGUCCAAUGACCAGCAAAACAGGGUGAUGCCUAUUUAUCACUUGCCUCUUGUGGACAACAACAACCCACGCCGGAAUCUGGCUCUGAUGAAGCCGAUACACGUCGGCAGCAGGGAAGAAGAACUCCUGGAGAACUGGAGGUCACUUUUAGGGAUGGGAAUUCUGGAGACGGAAUGUGGGCGGCCGCUGUUCUCCACCUAUUCCGGACUCUGGAGGAAAUGCUACUACCUCGGCAUUGACCGAGAUAUUGACAGCCUUAUAUCAAAGGGUAUUGCUCAGCGAUGCACAACUGUCAAGUACCAUCUCUCGCAGCCCAUUCGACUGAGGAACAUCCCCUACAACCUGACAAGGACUAUUCAACAAGAUGAAUGGCACCUCUUGCACCUGCGGCGGAUCACAGCAGGGUUCCUGGGCAUGGCAGCCGCGGUGAUGCUGUGCGGGUGCAUUGUGGCCGCCGUCAGCUUCUGCUGGGAGGAGAGUCUGACCCAGCAUGUGUCUGGUCUGCUUUUCCUCAUGGCAGGUAUUUUCUGCACCAUAUCCCUCUGCACCUACGCAGCCAGCGUCUCCUACGACCUGUCCAGGGUGCCUCCCUUCAUCUACGGGCUGCCAAGCGACGUGGAGCACGGCUACAGCUGGUCCAUCUUCUGCGCCUGGGUCAGCCUGGGCCUGAUUGUGGCGUCCGGCUGCCUGUGCACCACUUACCCUUUCAUCAGCCGCACCAUGACCCUGCAGUCCAAGACUGCCCGUGACUCUUCGGUGUGAGCCCCGCCGGGCCAGCGUGCAUCAGCAGGGAUUGAGAAGGCAUACGCACCGUUCAGUUCCUGUCUCAUUUCCACUUGCGGAUACCCCAGUGCUUUUUGUGGAGAAGUCG